AGUAUUUCUGCCCGAGGUGCUUUGCGUUGGUGACAGGAGGUUGGCAGAGCUGAAAGUGUGACAAAGUGUAAUACAUCAGUGUCAGAAGCUUUUUCACAGAAAAUGAGAGGAAAUAGGCCCUGUCACGGAGCUGUAGCGUAUUUUAAACUAUUUUUACCUGAUCAUUUGUAACAUUACUCUAUAAUAAGAAUUGAUGAUUAUAAUUCUAUUGUGGGGGAACACUCGGCACUAAGUCAUGAAGAAGAAGGACUGAGCGGUGAUGUAGAGGAGACCAAAACAAGCCAACAUGAGGAGUUUCAUUUUAAGAGUUAACGGGAUCUAAUUUACUCUUCCUUACCAUGAACAGAAGAUGGAUUCGCCGGAGGCUGCCUGUUUUAAUCGCCAUGUUCUUCAUCAUCCUAUACGUGGAUUUCCAAUUACGCGCCAGCAGCCUCCCCAAAAUCAGCGUGGAUCACCCCCCUGACACCCGGCGCGCUUCACCGCUCCAUCCAGCAGGCUCCGACUCCAAAGACGCACAGAGUCCGGCCAGAAACAGCAGCGGUGAUGUAGGAGUUCACCCUGCAUCCGACGGUGCACAUGUCGCCAAGCAAAAACUCAAGUUAGAGGAUAUCUUCAUCGCUGUGAAGACCACUGGGAGGUUCCACGGGACGCGUCUGGCGCUGCUGCUGGAGACAUGGAUCUCAAGGACGAAGGAGCAUGUGAGUGUCUGGUGUUUUGGUGCUUUUGUGGGCUGCGCUGUGGUCACAAAACAACCAUAAAAUAUAAUUCAUGAGAGGAAACGAGCAAAUAGACAGAUUUUAUCGAACACUUUAACAGAAGUCUAAAGUCUGAGAUAAAGAAUUAGUAAAUUUUUCAAACAUAUUUAAUUCACUUCUUUAAAAAUUAGAAAAAAUGUAUCGAAAGAAGAAGUUUGCUGUUAACUGAAAGCACUGAAACUCUCUUCCCCCUUUAAAGCUGCAUGCGAAAUGACUUUACCUAGAAGCUUGAGUUUCUGUGCAGUUUCAGAGUGAAUCAGUGGGUACAUCUUCCAGAAACUGGUGUCAGAAUAGUGAAAACAUUCAGGUUUAGAUGUUUUUCAUGGUUAACAGUGGAAAACAAAAAUAGCUCAUCUAUAGUUUGGAGCAUGUUCUAACCUUGAGGUUAUUCCUUAAAAGAUCACUCUCAAACAUCAUUCUCAAUUUCAUUUGUGAUAUUUUAUGAUUGUGCAGCAUUGUCGGCUUAUUCCAAACUCAAAAUGUACUGGUGUUUAACAUUUAAGUUUGCUCUUCAAAUACCCAGUCUUAGACUAAGUGAUGUUUUAAAGGAGCCUUUGGAAAUUCAACAUAAAAACAUCAACCCUGUUAAAGAUCUGUCUUUGGGGACUGGGGAGUCUUUUUUUUCCUGCCAUUGGUCCAAUUUUUAAGUCUCUUUUUCUUUCUAGAUACUCCCAAACAUUGGACAAGAGACAUAGGUUUCAUAAGUACAAUGAAGGCUGGAAUUUAACAGAGCUCUAAUGCUGCGUUCUAGGUACAUCGGAAGUCGGAUAUCAGAGCUGGGAAUGACGUCACACCCGAGUUACCAGCAUUUCAGUUACAUAGUCGGAAAACCAAGAUGGACGCCUACAUUGGCCGUUGUUAGCUGUUGUUUACAAUUAUCAGCUGUUGUUAGUUGUUGUUAGUGAUACCAGUUGUAAACAACUGCAUAACACAGUAUUUUACUCUUACAAACACCAUAGCACCGUGUUCACAGUUAGACGUUAGGCAGUACAACAUAAACUACUUAUUUAAUUUCACAAAAACAAAACAGAAGUGCUAAUAAAUAAUACAUUACGAGAGCUUCCGCUUCAACUCUUUACUGUUGAUGCACUGCGUGGCCAUCUUGGUUUAUGAUGUUGCCGUUAAGUGGGGUUGGUGAGGAUCGUCCUACUUUCUGAGUUGGAAAUCCGACUUUAGGGGGGCGUUCCAGAUGAAUUUCCGACUCAGAGCUCGGAAAUUCCGACUUCCAAGUACAACUGAAACACAGCAUAAGUAUAUAACAUACAGAGUGGGUCCACUUCUACGAAGGUCGCCAUCUUGGAUUUCCAUGUUACUACAGUAGCCCAGGGCCGACAAACUAGUGUGUUUUUAUAUUUAGUCAGUGGCCAAAAUGUAUUUAUAAAUGGAUUCAUGAAAAAAUUAAUGAGGAAGAUGAAGAGUUAUAUUUUUAUAGUAAAAUCUUGACAAUUGGAGGCCACCAUUUUUAAAGGGGGGGUAUCAUGCAUUUUCUUUUUUUUGGACUCUAAACUUCCUCUCUAAUACCUCUUUCAUAGCUUGACAUGAUUUUUAAGAUCAAAAAGCCUCAAAUUUCUCACUCUGGUGUAUUAAAAUAUCAUUAUUUCAGCCUCCGUCUGAAACGCUUUGUUUUAACUGCUGUCUCUUUAAGGACCCCCUCCACAAGCAUACUUUCAUCUGACCGGGAACCUCGCUGAAGGCUUCCCAGAAGCCAGCCGAGGGCAGAGCUUGAUGUUUUGUCCCCACUCCCCUUUACUGUGGUCGAUCAGUUGACAUCAUAUAUGUAAAUAUAUAUAACGGAAAAAUCUUUUUGUGGGCAAUUUAGAUGAAACACCCACCAGCUUGUGAAUCAGGAGAGCUCAGGCACAUUUUUAAAAGUGCCAAAACUCUGGACAAAGAGAACUUCUGCUGUUCAGUGUUCAACAAUGGGCUUUACUGGCAUGAGAAACAAAAUCAUUAACAAGGAAAACAAGAAAAAUUGACAAGGAACGGUCUGGUCAGAUUGAUAUACCAGGUCAAUGUCUGUCUGCUCGCCAAUAUAAGCAUAUACACACACUCACUCAUAAACACUCCCACACACACACACACACACACACACACACACACACACACACACACACACACACACUGGCAUUUCACUUGUUUUCUCUGUGAAGCUUUGCCAGCUCACGCUGUAUCUACAGGUGAUAAGUGGCUUGUCAAAACAACACAAUGCUCUUCAAAGGACAUUGGUGGAAGAGUGCGUCUCUUAUCUGAAGGGACCAUUGGUUCAGUCGUGCCAGUAACAUCAAAGUUGAGUGAAUCUAAAGGAACAAGCCAUACACAGGACUUAUAGAAGGACAGGCAUCAUUGAGCGAGAAAAGAGUGUAAAAGUGACACAUUGACUUGUUUUUGGGUUUGAUUUAGUCAAAUACAAAUAGAUUAUUACCAAAUGUGUGUAUUAUAUCAAAUUGUCCUCAUGAACUUACUUUAUAUCCAUGCCAUUGUCACCAAAACAGCUCAUUUCCUUUUUUGAAGUAGGUGAAACACAUGAGCAGUGAACUUAAGCGGAAGUGUUCAUCUUGCUUCAUACAACUUCUCUUUUUAGGUUUCACAGAUCAGAAAAAAUGGCCAAAAAGCGCUGAUUCAUUUGGGGGAAGUUUAUUGUUUUUUUGUUUUUAAAGCAACAUGAUCAAGCCAUAGUACUCUACGGACUUGAACCUUAAAAAUGAGGUCAAUGUAUGUCAAAAAUAUUUUUAUUAGUUUAGGCAUGCCCGUUAAAACAAACUAGCAACAAAGGUAAAAUGUUGGCACAUGACAGCAUAGAUACACCAUGUGGCAACUUCUGGCAUGAGAAAAUGAAGACCAUGUGGAGGUGUGAAAAAAAUGAUGCAGUUCCUUAAAUUUCCACUAGAGAUUGACUCUAAAAGUAGAAUCACCUCCAUUAGGGCCAAUGGUUUACAGAAAAGUAAACAUUUUUUUUUUUUCCCCACAUAAGAGUUUUGCAUAAUUAUGCCCAUGGCAGACUUGAUUGACGUAGAGGCAAUGGCCUAAACCUCCCCUUUUUGAUGAGUUCUGGGAAGAGUAGACAUUUCCAGGUACAGAGUCACAGAGGCACUGUUUAAAUGGAAACCUUUACAAUAGAAGAUGGUAAGGUUUCAUUGUAUUUUGGGUUUCUCUCAAUUGGAAUGUCGAGGGUUCGAUCCCAGGUACCGCUGUCCACAUGCCAAGGUGUUCAUGCCCAAGACACUUGACCCAGACAUGCCCCUGCUGGUGACACACAUGAUGUGUGAUGUAAAAGUACUCUGAGUGGUCAGAAGAUGAAUGAAAGUGCUAUAAACAUAGUCCAAGUACCAUGUGAUCAUUUUCAGGCUGAGUUAGGCAUAAUCACUCUCGUGCAUUCGCCAUAAUACUCACCACUCUGUUGCAAAAAGACUUGAUGUGCAGGUGAAUUGGUGUUCCUAAGUUUGGUUUCUUUACAAAGUUACACCACCAGGUUUUAGUCUGGUAUGCACCACAUGAAAAAUCUGGCAAGAAAAUUCUUAAAGCUAUGAAAAAAACUUGGGAGUUUUCCAAAAAGGAGGUCUGGCCCAAAAUCAGCCCAGCUAUCUUUCAGAAAACAAGGGAAACAUACAGCAAAAACCAUGUAUAAGCCUGGGAAGGAUCAAGGUAAAAGCUGAUAAAACCACCGUCUAUGCAUAAAUAGAGACCGUAUUUUUAUAGAGAGAGGAGAAGAAAUUACUCCACUAAAUAAAGGUCUUUCUUUGUGUUAAUUCUCAAUGUAAUUUGCCAACACACACAAAAACCAACCCCGCUAACACACAUGUUUAUAUUCAGGCCCAUGAGCACACAUUCACACAGGAAGUGGUGCAGGCAGGUUGUCUGGGCUGAGAGGAAGCAGUCGCUGUGUAGAGACUCUGUUAACAAUACUGAGCCGGAAACUGGUCAGAGAACAGGAAGAAGAGAGGCAGAUUGCAGAACAGUACACACAUGUUCACACACAAACACACAUCACCAGACUCUGUCCAUCACAGUGGGUGAACAUUCUCCUCUAUCAGAGAAGUAGCAGCUGCUGUCACUCAGCAGCUAAUCUGUUGAGCACCGGAAACAGAAGUGUUACAGCGGAAACCGGCUCCUAUCUGCUACUAUUUUAGGGCACUGGAAAAGUUAAUAUACUCUGAAAAACUCUCAACAUAUUCUACUUUAUGUCCUCUGAACCGUUUUCCAUGAGUGAGAAGGUCAUUUGAAGGUCAGAAGUCAUGUCAACGCUGACAUGAGUGGAGCAAAUGACAAACAUUUUAUUGGCUGAGUAUGAUAAUAUGAACACACUAAGCAGCCCAUCUUAACAGGGUGCAAGUGUUGGAUGUCGCCAUGCAUCACCUCCAAAACUCACUUAACAUUUAUCAAAUAUGUACCUCCUGUACAUCAUGUAAACAAAUUAUGUUGCAAUCAGUUGCAUAUGUCUUAUGUUUGAACUUUAUUUACAGGAAGAUUUUUUUCUAUUUCUACAGUAUAUAUUGUAAUAUGAAAAAAAAUCUGUAAUUUACACUAGAUAAAAGCAGUGCAGUUUAAAGUAUGUGUUGUCUGUUCAAUCUUCGGUCUAUUUCUUCUUUUUAAGUGCGAACUUAAGGCUAAAAUGCAUCCCCAUGUCCAUUCUGUGAAACAAUUUAAAAUGUCCUUUUUGUUGUGAAGACUUUUUAUAAACUAGACUCCAAAGGCACACUUUUCCAUCUUACCUUCAGCCAGGUCUAUAAAGUGUUUGAAGAAUCAGAAAAUCAAAAUGUCCCAAUUUUUCCCAAAAAAUGUCCUCAAUCUCAAAGUGAAAAACACAGGGCCUCACAAAGGCAGGAAAACAACAACAACAUUACACACAUAUACACACACACAUGCAAGUGAAAUAAUAACUCUGCUGCCCUCUACUGGACAUCUGCAGAACACAUCUUGUCAUCAUUCCUCCACCCUGUUCCCUCAGUUUACCACAACACAAGGUCUUGAAAUCUGAAGUCACACAAAAGAAAAAAAACCAAAAAAAAAAACAGAGAGAAAGAAAAACUUUGCAAAAUGUGUCCCUUAAUUAUAUGUUAUGAUCAUGUCAUCCAAAAUUUGGGUCAUUUUUGUUAAAUGUUUCUGUAGUUAUUUUAAUUUGUGUUUUUCUUUUUAAAUGUUUAUGUGAUUCAUUUUUACAUUUUGGGUUUUCAGAUUUCUCAAGUGGUUCCAAAGUUUCUAUUCAAAUCUUGUGUUUUAUGUAUAUUUUAAAGUUUUGUUAAAUGUUUGUAAGAGAAAUUAUAUCUAUAUGUGUGUGUGUGUGUGUGUGUGCGUAUAAAAGUCAGUUUGAAUAUCUAAAAAACUACAACUUUUUGUCAGAUCAAGAUCUGUUCUACCUUUUUUAGAAGCCAAAUUUGUCAGAGCUUGACAUUUAAAAAAACAACACUCACAUAAAUAUGUUCGCAAAAAGUGGCUGAAAAAAACUCAAGUAUUUAAACACAUAAAAUUGUGAUUUAAAAGUGUGGGACACAAUAACACCACUAGAGUUCAGUGUUGUAUCACAGCUCUAUCUACCAACUAUCUAUCUAUCUAUCUAUCUACGUGUGUGUGUGUGUGUGUGUGUGUGUGUGUGUGUGUGUGUGUGUGUGUGUGUGUGUGUGUGUGUGUGUGGCCAAUUACCAUAGGUCCCAGUAGGGGGCCUUAUUUAAGUCACAAUGAAUUCGCUCCAUUCAAAACAAUACUGAUACCCUUGCUGAUACUGAUACAGAUACAGAGAGUGAGUUUGUGUGCGUUCACUCAAAGAUGUGGAUGUUUUCACAAGACGCUGCAUACAAGAUGAGAAUAUAAUAAUAACAAUAAUUCAUCUAUUUUAAUUCCUGUAUUUCUCCACCUCUUUGUCUAGACCUUCGUUUUCACAGACACGGAGGAUGAAGAUUUCAGUUCAGAGGGUGAGUCAAGAGGGUGAUUUAUCAUGAAAGUUCUGUAAAUGCAUGUGUUGAUAAUGAGCAAUUCUGCUUUUGUCCUCCAUUGUAAUCUCCUCUUUUCCUCUGUCUUUAUCUUGAACCUUUCUUGCCCUGUGUUACAUUAAGUCCUCCCUGUCCUGCUUACACACACCUGCUUCCUCCUGCUUCUCUCCCUGCUCUCCUCUCUCCACCUGCAGCUGCCUCCACCAUUAACUCUAACGUCAUAUGCUUCUUCCCCACACAUUGACUUUAGCCAUUAAUGAUGAUGUUGAAGUGUGAGGGGAGAGGUUAUGCUAUCUCUGCUGUGAAGAGAGAGGAGGUAGGGCCCACUUUAUUAACUGUAUAAGAUGAAACGAGCACAGCAUAGCAGGGGGUACAGUACUUUUAUGAUUGUGAGGAGCCGUAAUUGUUACUGAAAUCAAAAUUCAAUUAUUCGCUCAGUCCUACAUCUCCUCUUUCCCCUUCAUUCUUUUUAAUCUCUGUUCAUCCUUCCUCUACUGUCUCUUAUUAUAUCAUCCUCCAGGUUAUGUCCUUCACUUUUCUUGUUUGAACUCAGCUGCUGUCAGUUGCAAUAAACCCAUUUAGCACUUCAUAAGAAUAAGAACUUUAUUUUCACCGAAGGGAAAUUCAAUAAAAAUUCAAUGUUUUAAUCAUCUUUCUUGGAAAAUGAGUAAUGCAGGAGUAUAUAACCAUUAUCAUCUGCAGAGUUCAAAUAUGGGACAUCUAUGAAAUUUUAAAAAACGCUAAGAUUUUGGUAUCUUCUGUUUUUCCAGGUUGUAACGUAGUGGUAACAGACUGCCAGUCAGACCACAGCCAGCAGGCUCUCUCCUGCAAGAUGUCUGCUGAGUACAACGGUUUCCUUGCCUCCGACAAGAGGUGAGACAGAUUAUUGUUGAGUCCACACUGGAUUACAAGAUCAGAUUAAGAUAACAAACUCUUCAAAGUGAAAGGAAGAACUAAAGAGGUAAAGAAAUUGCAUGAGCAUAAACAUAAGUUAGAGUUAUGGCUUUGUAUUUAUUUCGCAAGCAUCUUCAUUGAUUUAUCGGACGUCUGCUCGCUCUUAACUUCCCACAGGUCACCUGCCAAUCAAAUUUGUGCAAGUCCAAAAAUCAAUAUCUGUAAAUGCUCAUGUCGGAUUUUUCUUUAGUUUAUGCCUAAUAAACAAAUCAAGCUCAGACAGGUGGCAUGUGGGAUUAUUAUGUGGGAUUACCAUAAAUCUUGCUGAUAUGAAAAGAAAGUCAAGAAAACAGUGAGGGUGGUAAAGAAAAAAGGAAAAAGAUAGUUCUUGCCUGAUUAUAAAUGCUUUUUACUGAUUCAUCAAAAAACUCUUAUACAACUUAUUAACCUGGUACUUUAUGUACAUUUUCAGCUUUUACUUACCAGUACAACACUCUAUGAAGUGGUUGAAUAUAAAUACUGAUAAUCUGACUUUUUCUGUCUCUCUUUUUUGCGUUAAAGUUAAAUAUCAUGAGUGAUAUUUUUAAACGCUUUAUUACGAGACCUGCCAGAGUUUGUCUACCUCUCAGUUUUAAUUUCCUAUGGCAGGGAACAUUGAAACUUCAGACUUUGAUAAGAAGCACCCAAAGGUAUCAUUAGUGAUGGGUUCAGAGGUCUGUGUUUCACUGGUGGACUUAAAUCGUGUUCAAGUCAUAAUUGGUGCCCCAUUUUAAAUGGAGGAUUAUCUCUUUCUCAUGUUUAUAAAGGAAAACCCAAAGGGAGCAAUCAGGGCCUCCCUGUAAGUUUCCAUAAGCAGAAUAUUUUCAGCUUCAAACACUUAGCAGACAAAGUUAGCACAUGGAGAGUCAUUCCACUUGAGUAUUUUGUAUCAGAGAAGCAAAAAGAGGGCACAAGUGGAGUAAAUGUCACACAGAUUGUGCAGAUAGACUUAAAAAUAUCUCCAAAUGAACACCAGCGUUUACCUUAUUUGCCAAGCGUACAACCAGAAACAAACUUCCAGUCCAAGCUUGCUCAGUGAUGAAACAGGUACACUUGUAGUUUUGCUUAGCCGUGCACUGAGCUAGAUGAUGUGUUGCUGGUAGUCUAUCAUAUUUAUGAUUAGUGGAAAACACACUAAGACUAAACAGCUUGUGUUUGGAGUGUGACUAAGUCUUCUGCUGCUGCUGCCGUGGUGUAGCAAAUAUGGCAGAGAAAACGAAGGAGUGUUUCAGUUUGGCUCUGGGGCUCACUCUGUUAUUUGGACAGCAGAGUGCAGUGAGGCUGUUUGGUUUGGAAGGAAGUGUUGGUGUUGUUGGGCGGCCAUUAGGAUGGCAGGGGAAAGACAUCAGCGCUUUGUACCAGCAGCUUUGUCAUUUGGACUCUGAUGUUGUUGUAAGAGUCUGUUGGGUUUGGAAAGAAGAUUUAACAUCAUGUCCAGGCAUGAAGGUGGCAAGCAGAAAGCAUUUUUGGAGUGUGAUUUCUCGCAGAGGAAAACUGUUAAAGUCUUCGUAGAAAGAUGUGAGGAUGUUUUCCUGUAUUUUUUUUCCUUUGAAAAUGUAGUAUCUGAAAACUUAUUAGCGGACUUAUUAAACUAAAACAAAUCAAUCAGACUGGAUCAAAUCUUGAGGUAAACAGAAAGGAUAAUGAAAGUGGGAAAAAAAAACUUUUUUAAAACUUCCAAAUCCCAAGUUUGUGUUGUUUAAAGCGUUUAAGUAGGAUUGGAGGAAACUGUAAAAAAUUGGAUUAUCCUAAUCAAAUCUACAAUAUAUAUGUAACAUUAUCUAACAUACUCCCCAUUCCAGUGCAGUGUCACUGCAACAUUUUUAUCUGUGUUGUAUAUGGAGAUCUUUUGUAUACGAAUGCUGCUGGUCAAUGAAUGAUUGAUACUGUUUAUUAUGCUUCUUUGAGGUUCAUUACUAACUAUAAGAUGUCCACUCACCAUUGUGAAUUAUACUCUUGAGUGGGAUUGCCUGCUGUGGCCACUCUAAGGGCUAGUCAUUGGUACACUUUCAUUUAUAAGGCAAUAUUGGGUCUGCUGCCUUCAUACAUUUGCACUUUAAUUACUUAGAGAGAUGCUGAAUGUUAUUCUCUUUGUUCACAAGAUCAAUUGUUGCGUUCUGUCCUUUAUGCUUGUAUGGAGAUGGGUAAAAGGGCAUUUGUUUACUGUGCACCUUAUGUAUGGAAAUAUGCCCUUAGGAAGACUGGAAACUAACUGAUUUAAUUUCUUUGAGCACUUUUUAAUCCAAACUGAGAGUUAUUGAGGCCAGUUCUACAAUAUGUACUUGAUUUUCAUAAUGUGUUUAAGUUCUGAGUCUUAUUUAUGCAAAUAUGUAACUGUAUUUUGUGUUUGCUGCCUCUUGGCCAGGACUCCCUUGAUAAAGAGGUGUAUUUCCUGGUUAAAUAACUGUUAAAUAGAUUUAAAAAUGGUGGCAGUGGAGCACAAAUGUGUCUUUUGUCUGCAAAUAGUGCAAAAAAUAUACUUUCCAAUUGCAAAGUGCUACAGAUUUCUCAGUAGAGCAUACACUUUAAUAGAAACUGCAGGAAACUGUAGCCGAGCUUGUAUACCCAUUCCCCCUGUCCCUUUAACGUGUUAAAACAACUUUAAAUGACUUUUAAGUACUCGGCAAAGUCAAAUGCAUUCAAUUACUGUAAUUUCCUGUUUUCAUAUAUGUUUUCAAAUUUCUCGCAUACAAAAUCAAAACCAUGAUAUUUUGAUUACCCAUCCCCCUCUUUUGGGUAAAAUAUACUACACAUCAUAAUGAUAUAUUCAUCUAUUUUCAGUAUAGGAAAAAAAGCAGGUCUGUCUUUCAGUAUUGCCAAUCCUAAUCACCAGAAAAUCCUAAUUUUUGGAUUUUGAUCAUUAAUGUUGGCAUAUUUUAAAUUGGUCUGAGAGGUUAUUUCUAGCUGGAGGACUUCAUUUCUUUCUGUGAACAUGAGGCAAUUUUUUCUGAAAAUGAAAAUAUCCUUCACCAAACUUCAGCAAAGUAAUAAACCAAAAAACUUCUGACUUUUUAAUGAUAAUUUAAUGCACCAUCUGCUAUCAUCCAGGCAAUUUUCAUGUCUUUGUGAGUUAUAUAUCGAGAACGAAGACUGAAACCAGAAGGUAUGAAAAUGAGUUUUCAGUUCAGCACAAAGAGGAAUGGAGAACAGUGGAAAAACUAGGACCAGUAAAUCAGAGCAGAGUUAUAUUUAAGCUUAAGUACUUUUUUUUCUGUUUCCCCCUCUCUUUGGCUCCUCAGGUGGUUUUGUCAUGUGGAUGAUGAUAACUAUGUGAACCCGGAGGCCCUCCUCUCCCUGCUCUCUGCUUUCCCCCAGGAUGGUGACAUCUAUGUGGGCAAACCAAGCCUGGACAAGCCCAUCACUGCCCACGAGCUGCUGGAGGGCAACGCAACGGUAGAGUAGAGUAGCAAUGUCUGUGCCCACUUCUGAACUUUGGCUGCAGCAUGGUCACUAACCUUCUGAAUCCUUUGUCAUCAACCACAGGAAAUGUACAUAGAUCUUUGGAUAUAUUCAUACCAUCACACUUCAGUAGAAAUGCUGAGAAAAUUUUAUUCUGCCAGUAUUUUUAGGAUUCCAGUUUUUAAAGGAUGCUAGAUGACUCCAAUAAGAACAAAAAGGGUCUCUGUGUUUUUGAAAAGAAAUUAUAUCACAAACACAUUUUUAAAAGGUUUUAAUAUCUGGCAGUUUACACAUAUUCUCUCUCAUGCUUUCUAACUACACCAGUCUUCCCUCAGGGUUUUCUCUUGGCAGGAUUGGAAAAGCCUUUCAAACAGCAUUUACACCAGAGUGCACUAAAACUCCCCUGAAACCCAGACAGAAUUUAAUUUAUCCAGACCGAUAACUCCAAAGGCGGUGACCCCUCUGUGAAGCUUUACUGUCUUUAAUAUAACACCACAGAUUUAUUCCUUUCUUGUUGUCCCACCUCCUUCGAGUAUUUACUUCCUCUUUGAUGCUUUAUUUUCCUUUUUGAAGAAGCCUACUGUUGGCUGUGUUUUCCGUGUGCUUGCUUGCAAUUCUCUGACCGAUUACUGUCAUUCACUCUUUCUUCUCCUCUAAAAAUAAAGUUGCACCAACUUGUAGGAAUUGCAAUUACACACACAGAUUGUGAAUUUUUAUGAUUUGCAGGAACCAUCAUGUAAACUCGACUAUCAUACAGACAGCUAGCAGGUUGGGGGUAGCGAACGGUAACACAAAAAGCUACACAUCUGCAUAAAAUCUGCACAUUGCUGAUGGUAGCCAUCAUGCAGGAACACAGUUUAAACCAACUUUAAAUGAUACUCUAGUAUAAGCUCAACUAUCACAUAGCAGCUGGAAGAUUAGGGAUGGCAUAUGGUACCAGAAAGAGCUACACAUCUGCAUAAAAACUGUUGUCAUGCAGUCAUCCUUUUAACCUUAGGAAUCUCAUCCACUGAAACAGACUGUCUUGUAGAUAGGUGCAGCAUAUAAUCAGGAUUUUUCAGUAUUAACUAGAAUGGGGUAUUUUCCUUGGGUAAUAAUCGUGACUCUUCUCUGACCUCCGUUUGUCUCACCUUUCCUCUCUUUUCUCACUCCCCUGCUUUUCAUGCUUUGCUCAAAUACUCCUGAAUAGACAUUUAUGAAGUACACAACAAAAUCAAGGUCUGCUGAUUAUGGAUUUGCACUCAGGGACAGACGCAUGUACGUGAGGAUGGAUGUAGGAUCAUGAAACAUGAACAGCAGAGCAUCUUUUGUUCACAUAGGUAUUCAGACUCAUGGAUCAAUGGGUGAUUAUGGCCUUGCUGGGAUAUUGGCUUGUAGUACAAAACACUCACAAACACAAUGAUGAAGACUCCUCAGGGAGGUUUGAAGGCUGAUAAACUAUAAGAAAUCCAUGUCUUGUGUUUGGAAUAGGCAUGCAGAUGUUCCCGAGUGUGCAUGCUUUUGUGUUUUAUAACACUAUGUAGGACACACUUUUUGUCAAUUCCUGAUUACAGCAAGUUUCCUCUCUCUCUUUGGCCGCCAUUUACAGUAAAACAUUGAUCUGUAUUUAUCUUUGCUUCCUUACAUUUCCGAUUCUCUCCUUUUUUACGUCUCCUGAUCAUUGGAGUUCAUAUUUUGAUACUGUUUUAUUUUCAUACUCACUCUUGUUUCUGCUUCUAUGAUAACCCUGAUGUGUCUCACCUGUGCUCUUUAAACUCCACUGCCCUGGUGUCAGUGGCCGUUUUCGAAUUCGCCUACUACACUAGCAGUACAUACUGAUUUGCCCAAAAUUUAGUAUGCAGUAUGCAGUAGGCAAACAAAUACGAAAUUUGCAGUAUGCCAAAAAUACACAAAUGACGUACUGAUUCAGGAAAAUUUCACAGUAUGCAUCGGACAAGUCUGCUUUGCCUUUACCCACAAUGCAAAACGCUUGGGCAGACGGCGGAAUAGCGGAGAGCGGCGGAACUUUUUCACCCGAGCAUUCAUUUUCCAAGAGGACCGCCAAAAGAUUUCUCCUUCUGACAGCCUGUCUUCUCCUCCUUCUUUCAGCAUUUUGUGUGCAAACCACUGACAAGAAUGCAAUGUUUUGUUGCCGUACCCUACAGUUUUUUUCCUUUUUUUCCCAUCGCCCCAAAUUUCCCUGCUUCUCCUGAUCCUUUAUACUGUACAGUACGUGUGAUGUUUACCACACACAGCACGUACCAUCGGUGAUGUUUACAUCACAUAGCUGGACAGACAGCUGGCAUUAGAGGGGGUCUAAAGCUUUAAUGCAGAAAGGUGAGUAAACGUUAAAGCAGUCAGACUCAAUCAGCAGCCAAUACAGUAUUUGAAAUAAACUGACAGGACACACCUGAUUUAAAUGAUUAGCUCGUUAUGAAGCCAUUACAGAGCUUGAUAACGAGCUGAUCAUUUGAAUCAGGUGUGUUGGAGCAGGGAAACAUCCAAAACAUGCAGGACAGUGGGUCUCGAGGACUGGACUUGAGAAACACUGUACUAGAGGGUUUUCACUGUAGUUGUCAAACUAUCAGGACAACGGGAAAUAAGACCACACCACGCAGACGCCAUCAGUUAACAUGUUUGGUGAGGUUUGCAACUUCUCCCAUUUUAGCAGGAAACCAGGACAACAUAACUGACAACAUAACUUUGCUGAUUGACAAGUCAUUGCAUUAGACGGAACACGUUUUGAUUGCUUGUGUUGGGCUAAAAAAGCCAGAAAAAAUCUAAUUAUAACAUACGAGAUUUUUUUCAGUGUGGAAAUGAAUGGGCAACACUGUAGUGUUGUUGCAAUUUAGCAGGGUAUGAUGUACUUUUCCAUACCGGAAACCAGUUGAACCAGGCAAAGCAUACUACAUAAUAACGGCCGACUUGCAGUCAUACUGCAUACUGCUAUCGAACACAGUACUCAGUAUGCGCUCAGCAGGAGUAUGCAGCAGGCCAAUUCAAAAACAGCCAGAGUUUUCUGACCUUGCCUUUUGCCACCUGGAUUGGAUACCUCUGCCUGCGCAUUUUAACUGCCUGUGUACCAAACGUUUUCUGAUAAAAACAGACUUUGAUUUGGGCCAGUUUGUGAAUCUGCGUCAAGGGUUUUGGUUUAGUAUUACACCUUCACUCAUUCCUGUCCUUCCUAAUUUUCUUCUUUUCGAUUCUGGCUGUGAAGGAAACUCAGUGUCAAGCCUCUCUCAUUUUCCGAGUCUCAUUUUCUUACAUCUUGCUGCCUAUCUUCUUCGAUUUCCUGUCACUGUUGCAAAGCUGCCAAGAGGAGGAGAAAAAGAAAGAGGAAUGGGGAAAAAGGGAUGAACGAUGGAAAGAACAGGAAAGAUAGGAGGGAAUAAGCCUAUGAUAAAACAAAAACCAGGCAAUGACAGAAUAGUUGGAGGAAAUAGACAGUGAGAAAUAUGAAGAAGAGCGGAAAUUAAGGAAAAGAAAAGUACAAGAGGUUUAAGGGAACAGAGCAGGAAAUGGGGAAAAUAUAGAGAAAGAGAGAAGAAAGGAAAAGACAGCAAAGGAUGAAGAAAGGAAUAAUCGUGGCAAAAAAAGCAAACCAAAGGCUGUCAAGGAAUUUUUCAAACAGAGGAAAAGAGACAUUCAACAGAGAAACAGAAAAUGAUCUUUUCUUUUUACAAUCACAGCUCUCUUAUCUGACAAUGAAAACAAUUCAGCAGAAAGAAACUCCUGCUUUUUUAUCACCUCAAGAGUUUAUGCUGCAGGCAAUAAAAAUAAACCACCAACUUAACGUCUGCUGGAGAAACAGCAAAGGAUAUUUAGAGUAAACUGGUUUGAAAAAGACCAAAAAUCAGUUUAAGGAAAACCACAGACAAGAGGGAGUUCAACUACUAAAGCUUAUAAUUCAGGUGGAGCCAAACUGGUGAAUAGGGUUCAGAGGCUUAAAAGAUCAAUUUUAGAUGCCAAAUUGGCCAAUUUUCCAUUUGGGGCUGAUUUCUUUGGAUUUGGAGCUGGAAUAAAAACAGACUCUCUCUGCAGAUCAUAGUUCGAUUUUGCAUCAAUAUUAUUAUAUCUUUUAUCAAUCAUAAGAUUUGGAACUGAAACUGUGAAAGACACUAUUACUUAUCAGAACUUAUCCUUUUUUUUUUAAGAUUGUGUUUCAUUGGAACUAUUUCAAUGAAUUACACUCAGUUUUAUAAAUGAGACAGCCAACACUGCAACACUUGGGAUCAUGGAAGUGGAGAAAAUGCCGGAAAUACCGAGAGCAAUUUGGCUUCAAAUUCGUAUAAUGACUGAAGGCGGAGCUAAGUUCUCCAUAGUAUAUACAGUCUAUGGCCUAUACCCUUCCUCAUGAGACAACAUUCAGGCAGGCAAUCAUCACAGUGGCUCAUUUUUAAAGCAUCCCUACUCACUUAGAUCACCGGUUAGGAACUGAGAGGCUGCAGAUCCGACACAGAGACUGACAGUUGUGAAUGACUUUGCUACUGAUUUCAAAACUUUGCUUAAAAGACGACAGGGACAUGAAAGUAAAUAAUCAUUUUGUUUUUGUGCAACUAUAAAAUUUUGGAUUCAAAACAUUAAUCAAAAUAAAAGUGGAGAAUUUCAAUGAAGAAUCACAUAUAAUUCUGUUGAUAUCUCUGUGUGUUCUGUCUUUUAGAGAGAAGUGCGAUUCUGGUUUGCCACAGGAGGAGCAGGGUUCUGUUUGAGCCGACGGCUGGCAGAGAAAAUGGCUCCAUGGGCCAGGUAUGUAUGAGCUUACAUUAAGAAUGACGGUGUGGACAAGGGGUACGCAACAAAUGGAAAUAUUUGUGUUUUUCACACUAGAAAGGUGCAGCUGUUUGUGCUUAUAUUUUACUAAAUAUCGAGACUCAAAAUUUUCUCUUCUAUUCAGCCAAAGAUUUUUCUUUUAAAAAGGUUUGUAGGAGUUUUCAAAGUCAAAAGAAACUUUCUGAACAAAGCGGCCAAGACUGUAAAUGUAGAAACAAAAAUCUUGACAUGUUGAGGCACUUCUUGUAGACUCCAUUACUUGAGCUUUGUGAGCCUGAAAAAAUAAGUGAACUUCAAUAAUUUACAUUUCAGUGAAAUAUUGCGCUAAAGCUUGAGGAGAGUUUGCACAAACUCUCCCCGAGCAUUUGAAUGCACCAACCAGCCUCUCGCUCUUCAACUUAAACUGCAGUUUGACUUUGACUAACAGAAAAUAGAGCUGAGUAAACCUCAGGAGCGAUAAAUCACCAGUCGUAGUACGUUUAAAGUCUGUGCAAGUUUGUAUUUAUACUGCUAUCAAACAGCUGAGAGUAAUGGCUGCCCCGGGCUAGAAGGUGGAGAACCAAUCUAUAAAAUUUAUGGUGUACUUUGGAAAAGGUCAGCAGUAAAGUCCAUGCAGUACGUAGUUAAUGGGCUAAAACAUGCAAAAUCUCCUUAUAGCGUCCUUUUGGGAUGGAAGUCUGACAUUUUAUGGCUUUUCUUUGGGGGAGCAUCAACCGUCAUAACUCAAAAUCUAACUGCACAGUCCACUGACACCAUAAACAUUAAGAACAGCUCUGGGGUAAUCUUUUGUGUGUGUGUGUGUUUUGGCUUCAGUGGGUCACGAUUCGAGCAGACGUCAGCAAAGAUCCGCCUCCCUGAUGACUGUACGGUGGGCUUCAUUGUAGAGAAGAGGCUGGGCAUCUCGAUGGUCCACAGUUCUUUGUUUCAUUCACACCUGGAAAACCUGCUGCUCAUCAGCCAGAGAAGCAUCCCACAGCAGGUAGACACACACCUGAACACACAUCCACAAACAGACACACACACACGGACACAGACAUGAAAUUAAUAUACAUAUGAUUCUAUGUGUUAUCUCUGUGCAGGUGACCCUGAGCUAUGGCAUGUUUGAGAACAAGAUGAACAGCAUUGAGGUGAAAGGCAGCUUCACCAAAGAGGAAGACCCUUCCAGGUUAGUCACUAACGAAUCUGCGACAACCACACUCAGUCCAGGGAGUUCAUAAGCUGCUUUUAAAGGGAUAUUCCGGUGUAAAAUUAAUUUAGGGUCAAACACACCAUAACACUGAGUUAGACACCACGUCGAGAGAUGAAUGUUGCCGACCGCUUGCUUCUCAAGUUAUACCAACUUUAGUAACGACCACAGAUAGCAAUACAGAGAGCCAUGCACUCAACCAAAAAGCCACUCUAUAGCCACAAAUAAUGUUCAGAACAGCACCUAACUUCAUCAACAAACACAACUCACCCUCUCUCUUCCAGCAGCAGCUUGUUUGUAUGGAUACCUCUGGACAAGUCUAUCAUCGACUGCAGUGGGGUGACGCAGCUCAAGGAAGAACAUUUAUGAUCAUUACUUUAUCAUCGCCUUUAAGUAAUAAUCACCAUAUUGAUAAUUUUGUACUGCAGACACUGUAGUUCUUCUGCCUUAGUGUCACAGUCUGAUUGUAUUUCCAUGAAGAAAUGAUCAUAAAUGUCCAUCCUUGAGCUGCGUCACCCCACUGUAGUCCGUAAUGGACUGGCCUGAGGUCUCGCUACAAACAAGUGGCUGCUGGAAGAGAGAAGGUGAGUUGUGUUUAGUAUCUUUGCUAAAGAAAUCAGGCAAAGUUAAAAAGAUGUUUGGUGGCUAGCACUAUGGCUGGGACCCUAUAUGUACUGUUGAUGAAGUUAGGUGCUGUUCUUAGCAUUAUUUGUGGCUAUAGGGUGGCUUUUUGGUUUAGUGCGUGGCUCUCUGUAUUGCUAUAGUGCGGUCGUUACUAAAGUUGGUAUAACUAGAGAAGCAAACGGUUGACAACAUUCAUCUCUCAAUGGGGUGUCUAACUCAGUGUUAUGGUGUCUUUGACCCUUAUUUAAUUUUACGCCGGAAUAUCCCUUUAACUACUAAUGUGGAAAAAAACAUUCUGCACUUUGCUUUUGUUCAUUAGUGGCGACAUAGAAAUGUUUCAGCAAGAUGAAAUAAGUCCAAGUUAUACGACACAGGAGAGGAGUAUGAGCUGUCUUUCUCUGGACAGGAGUGAAGUGGUUAAAAAGGACGCAAAAAAGCCUGUCCUGUGCUCUAAAAGGAGAUACUACUUGAUUGUCAAGAUGUGAAAAAUAAACACUCAAAAACUUGUAAUCAAGAUAUGAAAUAUUUAUCCAGAGUGCAUCCUAUAAAUAUUUCAGCCUGUGAACUUCCUCGGCACUCAGUUUUACCUCUCAGCUGAUCCGAACCGAAGACGUGACACCUCUGCAGCUCCGGUUCAUCUUGUUCUCUGUUCAGUCAGAGUUAAAAGCAAUUUGAUGUCACACCACAGAACAACAGAUGUGUUUGUCUUUCCCAGUCCUCUCCUGCAGCACCUGCAAGAACGAAUUACUGUGAAUCCUCAGCUCUGAGCUUUUUCUAUUUUGUUCCUGUCCGCUGGUGUCGCAGGUAGUUACAUUUGACAUUGCUGCUGCCUUAACGUAGCAGCCAAAACUUCAUCAUUAAUAAAACUUAUUUUCUUUAAGAUAGGCCAUGUUUUUCUUUGGAUAAUGUGGUUUGUAUGGGGAAAUGUAGCUCAUUCAACCUUCAAACUGCAGACAGCAUCACUGAAUGAUGAUAGAGAAAGUUAGAAGGGGUACAAAGAGUUACUAAGGGUAAAGAAAGAUAACGAUGAAGUCUGAAGAAAUGACCAAACAAGGUUAUUUACAAUCAAGGUGUUUAAAGAGAAGCUAAUAUUGUUGCAACAUAAUGCAUGUAUGCAAAUGUAUAAAAACUACCACAAAUGCCUCCAUGCACUGAAGAUUUCUGGCCUCCUUGCAGAGUAUGACAGACAUACAUAUUGAGAUAUUGUGUUAAAAAGUAAGCAAAGGUUGUCACACAUCUUGAAUCAGGGGAUGGAUGAAGAAGAGGUAGCAGACUGUUAGCGAGCUAGCUGACCUAACCCUCUCAGAGAUGAUAACAUCAAUAUUAUUGAUGGAUCCUAAAACAAUGUUCAAGUUUAAGCUCUCAACCAGUUCUUUUAUUCUGAUCUACCUGAUGUAGUAUCCUUCAAAAUAAAAGCAUAGUUUGACAAUACAGGUGGUAAAAUCUAUCAAAAUAAAAGCAUGACGAACAAUUCUUUAAUGAGGAAGGUGAAUUUUAGAAAACAUUAAGUACAUUUAAGUCAUGUCCAACUCUUCUUUGUUUGAACUAGCUAUGACAGUUAAGUUUAGAUUUUCCUGCUUCAUGUUUGGGGUAAGAUUAGGACUGAGGUGCCAAGUUAAGAAGAGUAAACACAUGCCCUGGUAAAGGAAAUAUCCAACAUGGAAAAGUGCACAGCACAAGUUGGAAAGACAUGAUCAAACUGUGCGCAAAACAGUCAUCUGAAAAUGUUCCACGGAAAACAAAAGCUCGUGUAAAUCAUAUUCAAGGUCAAUAAUGUUGCAUGCACUCAAACUUAAGGAUCACAACUAAGACUUGUAUUUUUUCUCUUCACUGCACAACCGUCCUUUCUUGGCGCCUUAUCCGAAAAACUUCAAACAAGUUUUAAAAUUCCAGACAAACAAAAGGGGGCAAUAACAUGUUCUCCUUGCUGCAGGUGGAAAAUCAUGAAGCUGCAUAAAUUAUGUAGGAUUAUUCUAAUAUGUGACAUCUUCAUUAGACGCUCCUGCUGGACUAUUUUUAGCUGCCUAAGCUUUCUUUUUUUAGCAGCAGCAGAUCAUCAGUAUCAGUGCUGUCGCAGUCUCCACAGGCGGCUGAUAGAGGACGAUGCAAAGUCACAGAUAACUUCAUGUCCCCUGAGAAACUUUCAGAUGAUGGUUUUAUCACUUUCAAUACAAACAGGAGUGUUGUGCUUUCUUUUUCGGAUUUGUGGUAUUGAAGGGAAAUUUUAGACCUGCAUCUCUAUACACUAGUGAGGAUGACCUGCCUGUCAAUGCAUGGAUACAGUUAGUAGGGUUGACUCACUGAAGGGGUUUUUAAUAAUUCAUGCUAUGAUUUGUUAAGACAAAAGAUUUUACAUUUCAGUAAGGUGCUUUCGCUUUCAUUUUAUGCCUUCCUAAAUCUGCUGAAUCAUCUAUUUUAGCUGCGGUGCCCCUACCCUCUGAUCAUCCCCUUCUUCUCUCACAUUUUGACAUCUCUUCACUGUCACUUCAAAAUAAAAGUCAAGAAAUGAAGUUUUCAGAACAAAGCAUGCUUCUGAAUUAUUAAUCCGCUCCUCUGUUGUCUGCAGGUUUAAGACUGUACACUGCAUGCUGUAUCCUUUCACCAGCUGGUGUCCUUGAACUCUUCAUACAGAGACUUCAACUCCCUAAAAAAGCGCACAUGUGACUGGACUGGUAAUCCUGCUGGAGGAGGAGGAGGAGGAUUUUUUCCUUGAUAUAAAGUGAAUGCAAAAAAAAAAAAAUGAUGGAUUGAUGUCAGAUGCAGACACCAGAUUUGGGUAAUUAGAAAUGGACUGUUUGAGUCAUGCAAGUUAUUUCUGGAAGAUCAGUGCCUGAGGAAGCUUAAUGAGACACCAACACCUGCAUUUCUUCAUACUUGUGGACUCAACAAGUUGAAUUAUUGAACAUUUGUCUGCAGAGAAAAUCGAUUCUAUGUGCUAAAAGAUCACCUGGAUGAAGUGGUAGGAGAUGUGUCCUCCCGAAGAUGGUGGUUACCUCCACCUAACUAUUUUAGGAACAGGUAAAGAGGUGGAGCUACAACACGCUCACUGGUCAGUCAGUUCGGUCAGACUCUAAAGUUUGUAAUUCUGCUGCAAGUCUGGUGAAAUUGCAUUUUCAGCCAUGUACAAAGUGUCCAAGCUGCCCAAGGCUUGAUCCAAAGAGGCAGCUGAACUUUGAUCAAGUUUUUGAUGUUCUUGUUGUUUGUUUUGGUUCAAGGCAGACAAGCUGUUGAGGGAAUCCAGGUGCCCCUUUGAUUGAGUCUUGGAUAAUCAUCAGCAGGAUGAAUAAGAACCUACACUGAUGUCUUUUAAGGAAGGUUUUAAACAUCAUCUGUUAAAACUAAAAAAAUGCAGCCUCUGCAGCCCCUUAGUUUCCAGCCUCAUUAUCCAGGUGGUGAUCUCAAUGGAAGAGGAUGCUCUGAGGUCACUGCACUGAUUGGCUGUCUGACGGUAUUCUGGUAAGGAAGGUUACAGACCAGUGAAGACAUAUGCAGGGGUGAAAAAACACUGAAACAACAAAGGCAAGCCCUCCAGAAGAACCUGCACCAGUAUCAAGCCAAAUAUCUUUUUGUAAAUAGUUGCACAAGUGGUUACAGUCAACAGUUGCAGGUCCACUGUUGGUGAUCCUGACUGAAUUUCUCCUUUUAGGAUCAAUAAAAGUCUUGUUCUUCUUUCCUUAAAGGGGGGGCAGUGUUACUGUAGCCCACAAGUUGUUGGUACAAAUAAACAGCAAACACUGUUACUUGUUGAUCCUCCAGUGCUAAGAAAGGUCAAAAGUAUUUAUUUUGGAUUUUGCAGCAAACAAUAGAUCAAUAGGCAUGUGUAGCUCUGACCUUUGACAUCUUGACUCUGCAGAAGAAAAAUCAAAGCACAAUACAACAUCAUAGAAAGCAGAAUAUUAGAGGAGUGAGAGUGUAUUUGCCUGCAUUCAGAUGCUGAUCUCUCCUGCUGUUGAGUCAACGGGGCCAAAUGAAAGUCUUCUUGUUAGGUGUAUGUUUUCCUUGAAGGUUGGCUGCAGAAAUGAUGCGGAGGUGUCUCAUGGGUGUCAGGCUGGAGAAAGACAAACAGUUUAUAUAUCAAAGAAAGGAAAAUGUGCCUGUCAUCAUGUGGGACCUAGUGAAGUGUUCUUAGACUUUUGAGUCCCCUCAAAGUGGAAUACAGUAUUUGCACUUUUGCAUAAAGGAUGCCCCUUGUUUUUUUUUUCCUGGACCUGUCUACAAAGGAUCAAAACUCUGUUCUCAUCUCAACUCUGUUGCAAGUUCUGACUGUCACGUCUCUACUCCUGAAUAUUUUUGUUGAUUUCAGUGUUAUUUUUAGGGUGAGUGAAGCACUUGAGAUGAAGCAGCACUUCUAAUUUCCUCUGAAGUUAUUCCCUUGAAUCAAAUAAAUAUGAAGUUGUUUAUAUUUCAAAAAUAAACCAAAAUGUUGUGGA